AUGUAUCGUCAGAUAAUGGUUCAUCCAACCGAUCGAGAUCUACAGCGCAUUUUUUGGCAAGACGCGAAUGGACAAGUACGUCCAUUUCAAUUAACAACUGUGACUUACGGACUAAAUUGUGCUCCUUUUCUUGCUCUCAGUGUGCUGCAACAGCUUAUUGCUGAUGAAGGCCAUCGAUUCCCGAAGGCUAUACCGUCGAUAACUAAAGGGCGAUAUGUUGACGACAUAUUCGGCGGUACAGACUCAGUAGAGGAAGCUAAACAGAUAAUAACUCAAGUUUGCCAGCUUUGCCUAUCAGGUGGAUUUCCGCUACGGAAAUGGAGUAGCAAUUGUCAGGAUCUGCUAGAUCAUUUGUCGUUGCUGCCAGACGAUGUUGCAACCGCUGUUGUGUUAGAGUCUUCACUUGUCAAGGUACUGGGUCUAUGCCGACAACCGCACACGGAUAUGUUUAAAUUCACAUCCCUACCACCUACGUCCCGAAGUAUCACGAAAAGAUCCGUUCUAUCGGAGAUUGCUCAACUAUAUGACCCCCUAGGCUUUAUUUCACCCUUCGUAAUUAGAGCCAAGAUUUUCAUUCAGAAUCUUUGGCUAGCCAAGGUAGACUGGGACGCUCCUCUGUCAUCGGAAUUACAAGGUCGCUGGACACAAUUCAAAGGGCAACUACCAGCAUUGAGCAAAUUGAACAUUUCUCGGUGGCUUCACAUCUCACCAACUGCCUGUUCCGUCGAAUUACACGGGUUUUCUGACGCUUUACAACUCGCUAUAGCGGCAGUAGUCUACGUCCGUGUUGAAACGCAUCUCGGUACUCAAGUAAAUAUUGUCUGUGCCAAGACAAAAGUGGCACCCUUAAAGAAGCUCACAAUACCUCGACUCGAGCUGAACACCGCGUUGAUGCCAUCGUGGUUAAGCCUAGAGCCGAUCAACUGGCCUCAUUUACAUCCUAUCACUCCCGCUAAAAUAGAUUUAGAAAAAAAUCCAAAACGUGCAUUUAUAUCUCAUCAAGUUAGUCAAACGCCCCCUUGGGACCUAAUAGAACGUUAUUCUUCGCUCACUAAACUCAUACGCAUUACCGCGAUUUGUAAACACGUCGUUACAUGGUUUCGUCAGUCACUGAAGGAAUCGAAUAACGGAUCUCUUACUACCCUCGAACUUCAAGAGAGUUGUCAAUUUUAUAUACGACAAAUACAAAAGUCUUCCUUUCAGCAGGAGAUCAAACUCCUAACAAGAGGAGAGCGCUUAUCCAAGUCGAAUCCCUUGAUCAAGCUUACACCAUUUAUCGACAAGGUUGGGCUCCUCAGAGUCGGCGGACGGUUACAACACGCAAACUUGGAAGCCGAUGUCGAACACCCGUUUACUUUGCCAAGACAAUCUCGAUUUACCACUCUAGUAGUCGCGGACGCUCAUCUCCGAACAAUGCACGGCAGAACUCAGGUAACGUUGGCAUAUAUCCGUCAAAAAUACUGGAUAAUAGGUGGACGAGCCCCAGUCCGAUCCUUCAUCCUAAGAUGCGUGAAGUGCUUGCGGUAUCGUCAGAGCCGUGCUCAACAGUUGAUGGACCAACUCCUAGAACUAAAAGUCACUCCAUCUCGUCCCUUUUUACACUCUGGAGUUGAUUAUGCAGGACCCAUUUCGAUAAAGACUUGGCGAGGGCGGGCGGCGAAAACCUACAAAGGAUAUUUAGUCAUCUUUGUCUGCUUUUCUACUUCCGCUGUUCACAUAGAGAUUGUUACAGAUUACACGACUGAAGCCUUCAUCUCAGCCUAUAAGCGAUUCACAGCUCGACGUGGAAUCUGCGCUACGCUGCACAGCGAUUGUGGUGUGGCGUCAAAUAUCGCCACAAGUAAUUUAAAGGCGCAGCAUUGGAAAGUAAGGCACGCCGAGAACAAUAUUGACUGUGCACACAAACGCACAGGCGAAGGAAGUCAGCUGAGGCAUUUAAAUGCCUCUGUCGAGUAA